UUUGAAUCAAACUUCUUUCUGGCAGCAGUUGCAGCCAACUUGAUUUAAAAUAUACUUACUUUGUAUCAUUUUUCCCAUUAUUGUCCAAACAGAAUUAUUAGGCGGUGGACCAUUGUACAGCACAUAUUAAUGGACCAUCGUAAACACUCAAUUCAUUAACACAAAAACAGUAUUCAUCUCUUAUCAAACUCACAAUCAACAUCUUCAGUUUCUUCAACUUGAUCUUAGUUUUAUCUCUCUUUCUUCCAAUAUUUUCCAUACAGCCCCUUUUUUUCCAGCUCUGAGUAUACUAAAUAUCAAGACUCUUGAAAAUGGUUUAUGCCUUUGUGUCAUUUGCAGUUAAAAGCCUGGGGAAUUUCCUCAUACAGGAAGUUAACCUGCGUUUAAGUCUGAGAGAGGAAGUGCAGUGGCUGCAAAAUGAGCUUCUCUCCAUGCAGUCUUUCCUCAAAGAUGCAGAAGAAAAGCAAGUUGGAGAUCAUAGAGUUCAACAAUGGGUGUUUGAUAUCAACUCUAUUGCUAAUGACGCUGCCACUAUACUGGAGACUUACAGUUUCGAGGCUGGUAAAGGCGAUGAUGAUGAAUCUGCUAAUCGACUUAAGGCUUGCACUUGCAUAUGCAGGAAGGAGGCCAAAUUCUACAACGUCAGCAAGGAGAUCCGAUCCCUCAAGCAGCGACUCAAGGAUAUCUCCCGCAAACGAAAGACAUAUGAUAUCAGAAGUAUCGAUAACAUUGCAGGAGAAGGACCAAGUAGCAGGCCUAACAAUCGGUCCGCUCUGGCUAGAGAAUUGAGGAGGACUACCUCCUAUAUGGAUAAGCAGGAUCUUUUUGUUGGCUUUAAGGAUGUUCUAGAAAGAUUGCUUGCUGAACUUGUCAAAGCAGAGCCACGCCGAACCGUCAUCUCCAUUUAUGGCAUGGGCGGGUUAGGCAAGACUACUCUUGCAAAAAACCUCUACCACUCCCCUAGUCUAACCAAUAUCUUCGAUGCACGUGCUUGGGUAUGUGUUUCUGAACAGUAUAACACCAUGGAUCUCCUCAAGAGUAUCAUCAAAUCCAUCCAAGGACGUGACAGGGAAACUCUAGAUCUGCUGGAAAAGAUGACGGACGUGACAGAUCUAGAAAAGCACCUUCAGGAUCUACUGAAAGAGAAAAAAUACCUUGUGGUGGUUGAUGAUGUGUGGCAGAGAGAAGCAUGGCAAAGUCUGAAAAGAGCACUCCCAGAUAGCAACAACGGAAGCAGAGUUAUCAUUACCACGCGCAAAGCAGAUGUGGCCAAAAGAGCAGAUGACAACGGUCUUCCCCAUAACCUUCGUUUCCUAAGAGAAGAAGAAAGUUGGGAGCUCUUUCACAGGAAACUACUCGACUUUAAGGCAAUGAUCCCAGCAAUGGAAAAGCUAGCUAAGGAUAUGGUGGGCAAAUGUAGAGGCUUACCUCUUGCAAUUGCUGCACUGAGUGGGCUUCUUUCACAUAAAAGAAGCCUAGAAGAAUGGGAAAGGGUGAAGGCACACCUUUGGCGGCAUAUGGAAGAUGACUCUAUUGAAAUCUCCCACAUACUAUCAUUGAGCUACAAUGAUUUGCCUACUGUGCUCAAGCAGUGUUUUCUUUACUUUGGUAUUUUUCCAGAAGAUCGUCAGAUUAAUCCUAAAAACCUAAUGCGGUUGUGGAUGGCUGAUGGAUUGAUACCCAGGGGAGAAGAAAGAAUGGAGGAUGUAGCUCAAGACUUCCUGAAUGAGCUGAUAAGGCGAAGCUUGAUUCAAGUGGCAGCUACACGUUGGGAAGAAGUUACUGAAUGUAGGAUUCAUGAUCUACUUCGGGAUCUUGCCAUACAAAAGGCAUCGGAGGUAAACUUCUUUGACACUUAUGACCCGACCAAGCAUUCCAUAUCCUCCUCAUGUCGCAGACAUACCAUCCAUGGUCAAGGAGAAAGGUACCUCACUCUUGAUUUUUCGAAAUUGAACUUAAGGUCAGUUACAUUCUUUGAUCAAAGAGAUCGUAAGCUGGAUAGGAUAAAGUUCCGCAAUAUGUUCCACCAUUUAUAUGUGCUAUACUUGGAGAAUGAUUGUGACACAUUUACACUACCAGAUGCCAUAGGAAGUUUGUACAGCCUCAGAUACUUAAGCUUUACAGGUGGUUAUGAUAUCCCCUCCUCCAUAGGCAACCUCAAGAAUUUACUGACACUCCAGGCCUUGGAUGCAGACACUCCUGAUAUAAACUUCUGGCUACCUCCUGAGAUAGCUAACCUAGUAAAUCUAAGGCAUUUAGUCGUUCCAUAUAGAGAACCUCUGCUACAUAUAAACAAACUCACAAGUCUUCAAGUUCUUGAAUACAUCUGUUGUGAUCAGUGGCGAGAUGUUAACCCUGUUGAUUUAGUCAAUCUUCGAGAAUUACGCAUGAAAUAUAUUAAGGAAUCUUACUCCCUAAACAACAUUAGCAGCUUGAAAAGCCUUAGCACUCUCGAAUUGUUGUGUAAAGAUUCUGGUGAAUCAUUGCCAGCCCUAGAAUUUCUUAGUUGUUGUCAAAAGCUCCAGAAAUUGGAGUUAUAUGGGAGAAUAGAAAAACUGCCCCCAUUUCCAAAUUCAAUCACAAUGAUGUCCCUUUGGGGCUCAUUCCUCAUGGAAGAUCCGAUGCCUAUUCUGGGAAUGUUGCCAAACCUAAGGGAUCUCCAAUUAGGAUAUAGAGCUUAUUCAGGAAAAGAAAUUACCUGCAGUGAUAACAGCUUCAGUCAACUGGAGUUCCUUCAUCUUGAAGGUCUUUGGGACCUAGAAAGAUGGGAUUUAGGCACAAGUGCAAUGCCUCUGAUUAAAGGUCUAAGUAUCCAUUACUGUUCAGAGCUAAAGGAGAUUCCAGAGAGAAUGAAAGACGUCGAGAGGUUGAAAGAGAGGUGAUUUUUGGAUGAAGCAGUUGAAGCAUAUAUGAUGAUAUCCAAUUUCGGCCUCUUUGAUAAUAGCAGGGGAGAAGCAACUACUGUUAGUGGAAAAUAGAAUGGCAGAUGAGAGUAUUGUUGCGAAUCACUUGAAGACAUCCACAUUGUAGAGGCAUUAACCAGAGUUCAGGGCUGUCAAUGAGAGCUUAUCUCAAACAUGAAUAUUUUGCUUUGGUUUUUGAGUGUUUAAUUUCCUUUUGUUUUGGGUUUGAUUGAGUGUGUGGAAUUGGUUUGAAUAGAAUUGUUUCUGAGAUUUUAUGCAAGAAUGAUUUUGUGAUGUUUUAAUUAA